UUGUUGGGUUUAGGAGAUUCAUUACUCAUUACCCUCUCUUAUAUAUAUAUAUAACCCUUUGCUUUAGUUAUUUUCUCAUUUUCUUUUAUCUCUCACACAAGAGAGAAAGAAAAAUACACACAAAGGGAUAAAAUAUGAGAACAAGAACAGGGGCUUGUUAUCCAGAACCUGGAAUAGUGACAAAGAUGUGUUCAUUUGGGAAGAGAAAACCCAGAGACACUCUUUUUUGUGCAAAGAGGCAUAAGAAGUGUUCCGAGAAAAAAACCACAACAAAUUAUGAUUUUUUUGAGUCUCUACCAGAUGAUAUUGUUAUUUCUAUCUUCUGCAGGCUUAGUUCUACAGCCACUUCCCCUUCAGAUUUUGUCAGCGUUUUAUUAACGUCUAAGAGAUUAAAAACAUUAGCACUUAAUUCUCUUGUGUUAUCCAAAGCCUCUCCAAGAACUUUCUCCAUUAGAGCCAAAAACUGGUGUGAAUCUGCACAGAGAUUUCUCAAACAGUGUGCAGAGGCAGGGAAUGUUGAAGCAUGUUAUACUUUAGGCAUGAUUCGAUUCUACUGUUUGCAAAACAGAGGGAGCGGUGCAUCGCUUAUGGCGAAAGCUGCAAUGAACUCACAUGCGCGUGCACUCUACUCGCUUGCCGUUAUACAAUUCAACGGCAGCGGUGGCACCAAAAGCGACAAAGACCUCCGUGCCGGCGUUGCACUCUGCGCUAGAGCCGCUUUUCUCGGCCACAUCGACGCACUUCGUGAGCUUGGACACUGUUUACAAGACGGUUACGGUGUCAAGCAGAAUAUCGCCGAGGGAAGACGUUUUCUCAUCCAAGCCAACGCACGUGAACUCGCCGCCGUGUUAUCCACCGGCGCCGCCGCACCUGCCGCGCGUCAGUUAGUUAGCACAAAUUUUCAGUCACAACUCCGACAUGUGGCGGUUUCAGGUUGUCCUCUUUUAAGCGAUUUUGGAUGUAAUGUCCCGGCGCCGGAGCCACAUCCGGCGAGUAAAUUCAUGACGGAGUGGUUUUCUGUUCGAGGCGGUUCUCCUGGACCGGGUUUGAGGCUAUGUUCCCAUGCCGGAUGUGGUAGACCGGAGACGCGGAAGCAUGAGUUUCGAAGGUGUUCGGUUUGUGGUGCGGUUAAUUAUUGCUCACGUGCUUGUCAAGCGCUUGAUUGGAAGUUUCGUCAUAAGGCUGAGUGUGCUCCGGUGGAACGGUGGCUUGAGGAGGAUGGUGAAGACGACGGUGAAGAUGACGGUGACCGUGAAGUUAUGGUUAUGGAAGAUAGUUAGAGAAUUUUCAGAAUAGUGAUAUGGCAAAUGGUAACCGUAACGGUGACGGUAACGGAAGUUUAUUUUAACGGUUCUAACGGCGAAAUGAAUCCAUUUUUGGUGAGGAUACGUGAUUUAUUUGGCCGUAUCAAAAAGUAUAGACUUUGUAUUUGUGUACGUACAAUCGUACUUGAUUACAUGUCUUCCUUCCUUUUUUUUCUUUUCUUGUAUAGUUGGAAAAUUCUCCCGAAAAAUGAAGGGGGUUUUAUUUUCCUUUUUCUUUUGAUUUCCCUAAAAUUUUUUUGCCAAACAGACUCGAAUGUUUAUCAGAAUUUCAUUUCUAAAA